AUGAGUUUUGAGUGGCCCUGGCAAUAUAACUUUCCUCCCUUUUUUACACUACAGCCAAAUGUUGACACGAGACAGAAGCAGCUGGCAGCAUGGUGUUCGCUGACGCUGUCGUACUGCAGGCAUCACAAACUUUACACUGUGGACGUGAUGGAAGCUCAAGAAAGCCCUGUUUUCAACAACAAGAAGAUAGAACGCAAACUCUCUAUGGAAGCCAUUCAAGUUGUGUUUGAGGAAUUAAGGAAAAAAGGGAACUUGGAGUGGUUGGACAAAAACAAAUCUAGAUGUUUAGUCAUGUGGAGACGGCCAGAGGAAUGGGGGAAGUUAAUAUACCAGUGGAUUUCCAAAAAUGGCAUGGUCAAUACUGUCUGCACACUUUAUGAGCUGUCUAACGGCGACGACACAGAAAACGAAGAGUUCCAUGGUCUGGAGGAGUGGAUGCUGAUGCGGUCCCUUCAGGCUUUACAGUCCGAAGGCAAAGCUGAACUCAUCACUAUGGACGACAGCAAAGGCGUCAAAUUCUUCUGA